AUGCCUCUUCCGCAGCAUUCGCUUCACCAGCUUGAGUCUGUAGACCGGCCACACUUCACCAAACCCACAAAACCAACUGUCGAGACCGACGUCUGCUUUCCGCCUCCGACCAGUUACGAAAACCCAAACGAGUGCCCAUUUUCACCUGUCGCCCGGCAAACGGUGCUGGCGCCGUCCAACCUGCUGGCCACAGCGGUACCAAGUCAGAGUCUUGCGGGCCUCGGCUGUAGAGGGGAACUGCUCACUUUCCUGGAACAUGAUCUGGCUGGCUCAAGCCUCGACGAUCUCAGCUGCUGCGAGCCCGGCCUCGCUGGCUGGUAUGCGAGUCAGCCAAGACCCGAGCGUCGUCAUCGGGCCACGGGUCCCCUGGCAGACGGA